CAUUCAAUCGCUGAGAGACUCAGAUUUUGCCACUUAUAUAAUGAUUGUUGGUUGCACUGCGUAUUUGAGUGUAGAUGGCGGAAUUUGUUUUGUAUUCGGCUGCAAUAUCAGUGCAAUACUCACUGUAAUUGUCAACGAGGAUGUCCAACCUACUAAUAACAUUAAGUUGGUUUCUCCAAUAUCGCAACUUAAAAAUCAAUUCUACUACUACGAUCCAUAA